AUGCGAUUAAAGGCGGCAUUGGUACUUGAAGAAUCAGAAGAAGAUCUUCGAACAACCCUUUUUAUAGAAACAAAUAAUAAGAAGUUCGUUUUGUGUAAUUUGAUUUCUGGAGUGCAUGAGCAACAAAAUUUAAAUGUUACUUUAUUGAAAGGAGAGGAUGUUAAAUUAUAUUCUGUGGGACACAACAAGAUACAUUUGACGGGAAAUUAUAUAAAAAUAAUCGAUCAUGAUUCAGAAAGCAAACCUGAAGAAAUUUCUUCUUCAAUAACAUGUAAGCCGAAUGGUGACAUGAACGUGAAGAAAAUGCUCAAUAUUGAUGACGAAUCGUCCGAAUCAUCGUCAUUCGAGAGUAAAGAUGCAAUAGCCAACACAGAAGAUGACUCAGAUGAAGAUUUAAGCGAGGGAGAUAUUUUCUCGGAUCAAGUAAUCAUCAAAAAAGAAAUUAAAGAUGAAAAUGGUAAACAUCAUAAAAGAACAAAUGAUGAUAAUAAAGAUAAACAAAAUGUACGUGCAGCAAAAAAACAAAAGACUGAAAAUGUGUCGAAUGAACCUAAGAGCGCAAAUGUGUCGAUUGAACUCAAGAGCGCAGAUGUGUCGACUGAACCCAAGAGCGCAGAUGUGUCGACUGAACCCAAGAGCGCAGAUGUUAAAACCGAAACUUUAACAAAAAAUAGCUUAGAAUCUGAAAAACUAAAGACUGAAGACGGCAAUAAAAAUGCGGAACCGAGAAAUAAAGACCUAAUGGACUCUGAUUCUAAAGAGAAGAAGGAAAGUAUCACAACUCCUGAAGGUGUUUUAAUCGAAGACCUCUCAUUAGGUAGAGGAAAGAUGGCAAAACCUGGCAAGCAGGUUCAAGUCCGAUACAUCGGAAAACUUUUGAAUGGCAAAGUUUUUGAUAAAAAUGUUAGUGGGAAGCCAUUCCACUUUACCUUAGGUAAAGGAGAAGUUAUUAAAGGUUGGGAAAUAGGAAUUUCUGGUAUGCGAAUUGGUGGUGAACGUAAAUUAACAAUUCCACCGCAACAAGCUUAUGGCAAUGCGGGAAGUCCACCAGGUUAG